AUGGAAUUCAUCUCAUCUCUACUCGUGGGCUUAGCUCAGGUGCUGUGUGAAUCUAUGAAUAUGGCAGACAGAGGAGGGCACAAGACUGAUCUUAAGCAAGCCAUCAGUGAUCUCGAAUUAGCUACCCGCGACUUGAAGGCCAUACGCAACGACCUGGAUUUACGGAUCCAACAAGACGACCUUGAGGGACGAAGCUGCACAAACCGUGCCAGAGAGUGGCUCAGUGCGGUGCAAGCAGCAGAGAUCAAAGCAGACUUGGUUCUAGCAAGGUUUAUGCGACGGGAACAGAGGAAGAGAAGGAGAAGGACAUGCGUGGGUUGCUUCGGUUGCGCCGACUACAAACUGAGCAAGAAGGCUUUGGCUACACUGAAGAGCAUCGGUGAGCUGAGGGAACGCUCUAAAGAUGUAAAGACAGAUGUUGGGUCCAUUCAAGUGACGUGUAGGGAGAUACCGAUCAAGUCUGUGGUCGGGAUUGACUCGAUGAUGGAACAGGUUUGGGGGUUUCUAAGUGAAGAAGAAGAAAGAGGAAUCAUCGGGGUUUAUGGACCUGGUGGGGUUGGGAAGACAACGUUAAUGCAGAGCAUUAACAACGAGCUGAUCACAAAAGGCCAUCAGUAUGAUGAACUGAUAUGGGUUACCGUGUCCAGAGAUUUCGGCGAGUGUACAAUUCAGCAAGCUCUUGGAGCGCGUUUGGGUUUGUCUUGGGACGAGAAGGAGUCCGGGGAGCAUAGAGCUUUGAAGAUAUACAGAGCUUUGAAACAGAAACGGUUCUUGUUGUUGCUUGAUGAUGUCUGGGAAGAGAUAGACUUGGAGAAGACCGGGGUUCCUCGACCCGACAGGGAAAACAAAUGCAAGGUGAUGUUCACGACACGGUCUAUGGCAUUAUGCAGCAAUAUGGGUGCUGGAUGCAAGCUGAGAGUGGAGUUUCUUGAGAGGCAACACGCGUGGGAGCUCUUCUGUGAUAAAGUUGGGAGUAAAGAUCUCUUGGAGUCACCGUUGAUUCGCCGGCUCGCAGAGAUUAUGGUGAGUAAAUGCGGUGGAUUGCCGCUUGCUUUGAUCACUUUAGGAGGAGCCAUGGCUCACAGAGAGACCGAAGAAGAGUGGAUACACGCGAGUGAAGUUCUCAACAGAUUCCCAGCAGAGAUGAAGGGUAUGGAGUAUGUCUUUAACCUUUUGAAAUUCAGCUACGACAGUCUCGAGAGUGAUCUGCUUCGAACUUGUUUCUUGUACUGCGCUUUAUUCCCUGAAGAACAUUCUAUAGAGAUCGAACAGCUUGUUGAGUACUGGGUCGGAGAAGGGUUUCUCAUCAGCUCCCAUGGAGUCAACACUUUGUACAAGGGAUAUUUUCUGAUUGGAGAUCUGAAAGCGGCGUGUUUGCUGGAAACAGGGGAUGAGAAAACGCAGGUGAAGAUGCAUAAUGUGGUCAGAAGCUUUGCAUUGUGGAUGGCAUCUGAACAGGGGACUUAUAAGGACCUGAUCCUAGUGGAGCCUAGCAUGGGACUUACUGAAUCCCCAAAAGCAGAAAACUGGCGACAAGCGUUAGUGAUUUCGUUGUUGGAUAACAGAAUCCAGACCUUGCCUGAAAAACCCAUAUGCUUGAAUCUGACAACACUUAUGCUCCAACAGAACAGCUCUUUAAAGAAGAUCCCAACAGGGUUUUUCACUCAUAUGCCUGUUCUCAGGGUCCUGGACUUGUCCUUCACAAGUAUCACAGAGAUUCCAUUGUCUAUCAAGUAUUUGGUGGAGUUGUAUCAUCUGGCUUUGUCAGGAACAAAGAUAAGUGUGUUGCCUCAAGAGCUUGGGAAUCUUAGAAAGCUGAAGCAUCUAGACCUACAGAGAACUCAGUUUCUCCAGACGAUCCCACGAGAUGCCAUUUGUUGGCUGAGCAAGCUCGAGGUUCUGAACUUGUACUACAGUUACGCCAGUUGGGAACUGCAGAGCUUAGGAGAAGGUGAAGCAGAAGAACUCGGGUUUGCCGACUUGGAACACUUGGAAAACCUCACCACGCUCGGUAUCACUGUGCUCUCACUCGAGACCCUGAAAAGCCUCUACGAGUUUGGUGCCCUGCAUAAACUCAUACAUCAUCUGCACUUUGAAGAGUGCAAGGGUCUCCUCAACUUCAAUCUUACAUCACUCGCUAACCAUGGUAGGAACCUGAGAAGACUAAGCAUCAAAAGCUGCCAUGACCUCGAGUACCUGGUCACACCCACAGAUGACUGGCUUCCAAGUCUAGAGGUUCUAACGUUACACAGCCUCUAUAAAUUAAACAGAGUGUGGGGAAAUCCUCUAAGCCGAGAGUGUCUGCGGAACAUACGUUGCAUUAACAUUUCACACUGCCACAAGCUGAAGAGCGUCUCAUGGGUUUCGCAGCUCCCAAAGCUAGAGGUGAUUGACCUGUUAGACUGCAGAGAGAUAGAGGAACUGGUAAGUGAACACGAGGGUACAUCCGUCGAAGAACCAGCGUUUUUCCCAGGCCUCAAGACUUUGUCAACUAGAGAUCUCCCAGAACUAAGCUGCAUCCUUCCAUCUCAGUUUUAUUUCCAAAAAGUAGAAACUUUAGUUAUCACGAGGUGCCCCAAAGUGAAGAAACUGCCAUUUCAGAAAAGGGUCCAGACAAACUUGCCAACAGUUUACUGUAAUGAGAAAUGGUGGGAUGCACUGGAAAAUGAUCAACCAAACAAAGAGCUUUGUUGCGUACCUCGCUUCGUUCCAAAUUGA